GCGCAUGGCUGCCGGGGCAGCACCGUGCCGGAUUGAACUAUCCAUCCAUUCAGCUCAUAAAAGCCAGUCUCUCUCUCUCUCUCUCUCUCUCUCUCUCUUCUUUCUCUCCCUCGCUCGGACACAAACCGCCUGUGUGGCCCUCUGCAUCUUCGCAUUCAAUGUAAGUUUUGCCCCCUCUCUAUUCUCUCUUUGCCGUCAGCAUCUUCGCAUUCAAAGCGCCAUGGCUUGUUCGAUAUCUUUCUCAUCAAGCAAUGUUCAAGCAACUAGGUGUUUAUCUGGUAAGCAAUAUGUUGGAUUGAGACCAUCAACAUUUGUGAAGUUUGUCAGUGCUGGGCAUGCGAUCAAGACACAGUCUCGACCCCUCUUGGUUAUAAGAGCAAGCAAUGAACAGGAGACAUCAAAAAGAUCUGGAUUGAGCAUCGAGGAAUGUGAAGCUGCUGUUGUAGCUGGAAAUGUUCCUGAAGCACCACCUGUUCCUCCUAAACCAGCAGCACCUGUUGGGACACCUGUUGUGUCUUCACUUCCACUUAGUAGGCGUCCUCGUCGUAACCGGAAGUCACUUGCAUUGCGAUCAGCAUUCCAGGAAACAAAUAUCUCUCCCGCAAAUUUUGUAUAUCCACUUUUCAUACAUGAAGGCGAAGAGGACACACCAAUUGGAGCCAUGCCUGGGUGCUAUAGGCUUGGAUGGAGACAUGGUCUUGUGGAAGAGGUUUACAAAGCUCGGGAUGUUGGUGUUAAUAGUGUUGUGCUUUUCCCCAAAGUUCCUGAUGCAUUGAAGUCCCCCACAGGAGAUGAAGCAUACAACGAUAAUGGUCUAGUGCCUCGAGCAAUACGUCUACUCAAAGACAAGUAUCCAGACCUUGUUAUAUACACUGAUGUUGCUUUGGACCCAUAUUCCUCUGAUGGACAUGAUGGUAUUGUUAGAGAAGAUGGAGUGAUAAUGAAUGAUGAAACAGUUCAUCAGUUAUGUAAACAGGCUGUCUCCCAGGCUCGAGCAGGAGCUGAUGUUGUUAGUCCCAGUGACAUGAUGGAUGGCCGUGUGGGAGCAAUUCGAGCAUCUCUGGAUGCUGAAGGUUUUCAACAUGUGUCAAUCAUGUCUUAUACAGCAAAGUAUGCAAGUGCUUUUUAUGGUCCAUUCCGAGAAGCUUUAGACUCAAACCCUCGUUUUGGAGACAAAAAAACUUACCAGAUGAACCCAGCAAACUACAGAGAAGCUUUGGUUGAGACCCGUGCGGAUGAGGAUGAGGGAGCUGAUAUCCUUUUGGUGAAACCUGGACUUCCAUACUUGGAUGUUAUACGGCUUCUUCGAAAUAACUCCUCACUGCCAAUUGCUGCAUAUCAGGUUUCAGGUGAGUAUUCUAUGAUCAAGGCGGGUGGAGUUCUAAAAAUGAUAGAUGAAGAAAAAGUCAUGAUGGAGUCCUUGAUGUGUCUCCGACGAGCUGGUGCUGAUGUCAUCCUUACAUACUUCGCUUUACAAGCUGCUAGAUGUUUAUGUGGCGAGAAGAGGUGAGAAGAGAUGGGGGAGUGUAAUCAUAAUGAAUCUAGAGCACUGUCAGAGUCAUAUGUAGCUAAUAUAUUUAAAUGUGACAUGAUAAUCUUAGAUGGGAAUAAGAUGCUUAAAGCUGUUACUGCACAA